GACAGGGGGAAGAGUUCAUGGACUGGUGGAGCAAGUUCUACGCCUCGACGGGAGAGAAAAACAAGUGCGGGACGUAUCUGGAGAAAGGCUUCGACACACUGAAGGUGUUGGACCGGGAGUUGGAGAAGGUCGAGUGUUACGAGGGUUUCUCUGAUUUCUGUCAGACGUUCAAGUUGUUCAGAGGAAGGACUCAGGAUGAAGGAGAAGAUCCGUCAGUGGUCGGAGAGUUCAAGGGCAUGUUUAAGAUCUACCCUCUGCCAGACGACCCCUCCGCCUCUGCUCCACCCAGACAGUUCAGGAAACUUCCUCCUAACGGCCUCGAGGAGUGUUUGGUCCGAGUCUACGUCAUCCAGGCUCAGGGGCUGCAGCCCAAAGACACCAACGGGAAGUGUGACCCUUACGUGAAGAUCACUCUGGGGAAGAAGACCAUCAACGACCAUGAUAACUACAUCCCCUGCACUCAGGACCCUGUCUUCGGAAAGAUGUUUGAGUUCACGUGCUCCCUCCCCGUGGAGAAGGACCUGCGGGUGAUGCUGUACGACCACGACAUGCUGACCAAAGACGAGAAGAUCGGGGAGACGGUGAUCGACCUGGAGAACCGCUUCCUGUCCAGAUAUGGAGCCCUGUGCGGCCUGCCGCAGUCCUACUGCGUGUCGGGGGUGAACCAGUGGCGAGAUCAGCUGACGCCCCGACAGCUGCUGUGUCGAGUGUGUGAGCGACGAAACCUGCGGAAACCGGUUUACCAGGACGACUGCGUCCUCUUCAGAGGAGACAGAUACACGGCCGCAGACCUCG